AUGUAAUAAUAAUAAAAACAACCCAUUAACGAGAGACGACGUCGAAGCGGAGCAUUGCAUGCUCAAACAUGUGAAGAAUAUUUGAAAAAAUAUGAACAAAUUGGAUAAAUAGUGAUACGAGAGAGUUCAAGGAAAAAGAGUUUGUCUGAAUCAGCUUUUCUUAAUUUUGACUUUAUACCAGCAGAUGAAGGAGUAGAAGACAUCUGCUAACUUAAAAUAUUGAUAUAUUCACCAAAAAUAAAGUUGAAUGAAUAAGAAUUCUUACAAAUUUUAAAGCGUGUUAGAAAUCGAUCUAUAACUACUGAUAAUUUACCUUUUGCAAAUAAAACUUUCGAUUUCGAUUUCUUUUAUAGAGAAUAUGAUGUAAAUGAUAAGCAUUUUGGUCUCCAUUUCUGGAUUCAAAAUAACCCUAAGCAUAAGCAUAAUCUCUUUUUUACAGAGAAUUACUAUCGGUUCUUCAACGCAGCUAUAUUAUUACAAAGAGAUCAAAACAUAGAGUCAUUGAUAAGAGAAACUAAUCCUAACUGUAUGAUUAAAAUUUUUCCAUUCAUGGACGAAUUGCUAUUGGAAUCCCUUUAAUCCAUUAUUGCUGAAAUAUGUCAUAGCAAUAUCAAAUCUUGA